AUGAGCGACUUUGACGAUUAUGACCUGGACUUUCAGUCAGAACCGGAACUGGAAUUCGAUGUGGAAGACAAAGAGGCUGGCUGGGAAUGGGAGGAUAAGGCGGAAGACAAGGAGGAGGAAGAAAUGAUUGGAAAGGCACUGGAAGCGGCUAAAGCUCUCAGAGAAGAGCACGCAGAACAGAGGCGGAUUGAAAAGCUGUGCUUCGAGAAACCGGGCGACGCCGAGCUAGACACCCUGCGGCCAAUCCAGACCGAUGUGCUCACCACCAAGGUUGACGUCACUUGGUGGAAGAACAUGACGUACCAGCCGGGAAGUUGUGGAGAGCACAGGAACGGGAGUGGGCACUAUAUCCAUCUCAGCAAGCCAAUCAUGAAGAAGAAGCCGCGGGUGGAGAUUGUGGGGGUCUUGCUGCACUGGCUCCUACGCCUCUGGAUCCAACUGCACAUGAAGAGACCGCCCAUGGAUGACAAAAAGAAGAGGCAUAAACACCAAUUCCACUCUGCGGUGGAGUGGGUGGAGGCGAGGGUCGAUAUUGAGAUCCCAAUCUCCCACAACAUCUAUGCUAAGGACGCUGCGGAGUUACGUGUUCACAAGUGGCGUUGUACACGGUGUGGAAGGACCUACUCCUCGGCACGGAAUAUGGCGCUGAGCAAGUUGAAGGAUGAGGGCAAAGGGUGUAGCCCGUAUGCGGCGCGGCACAAAAAGAAGUGCGGCAAAGCAGAUGCCUUUGUGAAGACCGCGGAUAAGACAGGACCGCUUCCCCUGCCCCCAGGAACCCAAUUCCCAGCCGCCGAUGCGGAAAAGGAGAGGGCGAGGGAGAAGGGGAAAGGAAAGCGGACCGCGGAGGAGGAGAAGACAAGCGGAAAGGACAAGAAGCAGAAGGCCACGGCAACGACUGGCCCUUCACAGGCCGACCGACGGAGUAUAUCAUGA